AUGCUGUUUGAAAUCCCAGACAUGACUGACCCCGAUUUGCCCCAAUAUUCGACCAACAUGUAUCACGCCAAGGCCAACCCGUGUCCGGGCAUAACCUGUAAUCACUUCAAUUCCUCAGACUCGGAUGACCCAAUUGUAUCAAGUCACACCAACAACGGUCCCCAAGGCACUAGAAUCACGGAAUACGAGUCCAGCACUGCGUGUGACAACGGCGACACGGAUCGUGAUCACUGUUGCAGGAAGACCAUCACGCGCAGAAAUGUGUACACAAACUAUUUUGAAAACACCACGCCAAAAUUCUGGACCGAAACAACCUACUAUCGGCGCACAUGUGGUGGCUAUAUUUUAGUGAAAUCUAGCGAUAGCAACCACGUGGACACCACAGUCAAGCCAUGCGCUGUGACCGACGAGAAUCACUGUCACGAAACGCUGUCCUCUUCUCGGAAAGACAGCACCACCGUCAAGACUGUAUGCAACAGUUCUAUUUGCACAGAUACCACGACACGCACAACGCCGCUUGAUAGUCACGGGAAUCUGAACCAGGGGUUGACCCCCACAGAAGUCCAGCAGGUAUGCAAUAUCAUGUAUGAGGGUCACCCAGCCAUUAUGACCGACACGAGAACCACCACGAGUGACAACAGCACUCUGGCCCGAAAUGUGGUAGCUACGAUUAAUUGUUUGCACACGGGAUAUUCACCAGUUACGCACUUUCAUAUCGGUGUCGAGGGUAACACCAGCUCCGAAUGA